AUGGCGGCUCCGUUGACUCUCCUGCUGAUUGUGGCUGUGUCUAUCCGCGCAGCUCUUUUUAGCUCCACUUUAGCACAUUUCAUCGCUGAGAGGGUGGAGGUGGUGUCCCCGUUAACUGCCUGGAAAAGAGUGAUCGAAGGUUUGGCUCUACUCGAUUUGGGAGUGUCGCCAUACGCAGGAGACGUGUUCCAUGAGACUCCUCUCAUCAUCUACCUCUUUCACUUCCUGGUGGACUAUGCAGACAUUACAUUUGUGCUGGCUGACAUCAUCACGGCGGUGGCUUUAUACUACGCGGUGCAGGACUACAACAAACAAUUGUUCAGGAAACAGAAAUUCGCCCUGGAGGCGGAGCGCUACCCCGCCGACUGUCACGAGCUGGUCCGAAGCCCUAAAGAGAUGCACUACAUCCCCCUCAAGGUCGCCAUGUUUUACCUUCUCAACCCGUUCACCGUGCUGUCCUGCGUGGCCAAGUCCACUUGCGGGCUCAACAACGCCGUGCUGUCACUCUUCAUCCUGGCCACCGUCAAAGGAAACGUGUUGCUGAGCGCCAUUUUCCUGGCGUUGGCCACCUACCAGAGUGUGUACCCGGUCACGCUAUGUGCCGCCGCACUACUCUACUUCAUGCAGCGGCAGUUUAUCCCCGUCAACGUGCGACGGAUGAGUUUCUGGUGGUUCGUGGCACAGUACGCCUUCAUGUACCUGGGCAGCCUCUUGGUCACGGUGGGCCUGUCCUUCUUCCUGUUGGGCUCGUGGGACUUUCUGCCGUCGGUCUAUGGCUUCAUCCUGUCCGUUCCUGACCUGACGCCCAACAUCGGCCUGUUCUGGUACUUCUUCGCAGAGAUGUUCGAACACUUUCGACUCUUCUUCCUGUGCGUCUUCCAGAUUAACGUCUUCAUCUACACCGUCCCGCUGUCCAUUAAACUCAAGGAGCAUCCGGUGUUCCUCAUCUUCAUGCAGCUGGCUAUCAUCUCCAUCUUCAAGUCGUACCCCACGGUUGGCGACAUGGCGCUCUACAUGGCCUUCCUCCCCGUCUGGAGUCACCUUGGCAGAUUCCUUCGGAACAUGUUCCUGGUGGCCUGUGUGAUCCUGGCGUGUUCGGCGCUCUUUCCCGUUCUGUGGCACUUGUGGAUUUACGCGGGCAGCGCCAAUUCCAACUUCUACUACGCCACCACGUUGCUCUUCAACAUCGCCCAGGUGCUGCUGGUAUCCGACUACUUCUACGCCUUUUUGAGGCGAGAGUACCACCUGGUCCACGGACUCUACCCCAAGAGGAAAGAUGGCUCAGAGGCCACGUUGGUGCUUAAAUAA